UUGGAGGAAGAAAGAGAAGAAAAUCCGCGGGCCGGCGUCAGGAAAUGUCCGGGAAGCUGGAGAAACAAGAUUCCCAACGCUCCCACCUGACCUCGUUCACCAUGAAGUUGAUGGACAAAUUUCAUUCACCGAAAAUAAAACGAACCCCAUCAAAAAAGGGAAAACCAGUGGAAAUAACUAUUAAAACCAACACAGAAAAACCUCCAAACAAGACUUUAAAUCGGCUAGAGGAGCAGGAAAAGGAAGUGGUGAGUGCGUUGCGGUAUUUUAAGACCAUUGUGGAUAAAAUGGUGAUUGACAAAAAAGUGCUCGAGAUGUUGCCAGGAUCAGCCAGUAAAGUCCUGGAGGCUAUCUUGCCAUUAGUACAAGUGGAUCCACGCAUUCAACAGAGGACACUAAUCAACAGGAACCAAGUGGUGUAUUUGUGCUCGGCCAUCACAUCCUGUUUAAAUCAAGUAUAUCAGAGCCUGGCCAAUCUAAUUCGCUGGUCUGAUCAAGUGAUCUUAGAAGGUGUGAAUCUAGAUGACAAGGAAAGGGUCAUGGCGAUGAUUAAAGCAGUGCUCGAUGGAGUAAAGGAACUUGUGAAACUGACAAUAGAGAAGCAAGAACAGCCAUCUCCUACCUCUCCUGUGAAACCCAGCCAGCCAGCCUCUAAAACUGACAGUACAACAGAGCUUCCACUGACUGACAGGGAGAAGGAAAUUCUGACUAAAACUACUCCAAUGACAAGAUCACUGGAGAUACUUCCAGACUCUGUGGAAGUAGAAUGCGCCCCACCAAAACCACCAUUGCCUGGUAUUCGCAUCAUGGAACACAGCAGUAAUAUUUCUCCAAUCUUACCACCCCUACCACCCAAGAAGAGGCAGUCUGCACCCUCCCCAACAAGAGUUGCAGUGGUACCUCCCAUGAGUCGAGCUGCCAGUGGUUCUAGCUUACCUAAUACCAAACAGGACUUUGACGGUUUGGAUUGCUAUCUGCAAAGGCGGUUGUCUGGUGGCAGCCACUCCUAUGGUGGAGAAUCGCCAAGGGUAUCUCCCUGUAACAGCAUGGGAAAGCUGAGUAAAUCGGAUGAACAGCUAUCCUCAUUAGACAAUGAUAGUGGGCAGUGUUCACAAAACACAAGUUGUGAAACACUUGAUAAUCCAGAAAGCUAUGAUCCCGAUUACGAUUUCCUGCAUCAGGACCUUUCAACUGUUGAUCAGAUUCCUCAGCACAUUUCUGGCAUGUUAAGCCCACUUCCAGAGUCAGCAGUAGAAUCCGGUUCACCUCUUCCUGGGCAGACAUUUACAUCACCACUUUGUACUUCACAACCUGUGCAUGACUGGAGGCAGAUGCCACAAACUGGUGUUCCACCUCUGCAAAUGCCGCCAGCAUUACCAGAGAAGAAGCGACGGAGUGCUCCUUCGUCAGAUAGUUCAGGAUGUAGGGUCUCAUAUGAGAGGUUUCCAUCCCAGUAUGACAAUAUCUCUGAGGAGGAAAUGCAGAAUUCUGUUGUACCAGCUGUCCAGCUUCCUCCAUUUGCUGUAGUGUCACCAAGGCAGCAAGGAAUUCCAUCAAUUUCAGUUGGAUUCCCAAACAUUGAUGUUUCAGAAUUAGCAGGAGUAACAGAGAAACCACCUCCACUCCCAGAGAAAAAGAAAAGGCAAAUCCAUGCGUAUAUGCAGUUUGUGGAGGAUUAUUCUGAGCCGCAGCCUCACGUUUUUUACCAGACACCACAGAAUGAGCAUAUUUAUGAGCAGAGAAACAAACGGUUUCAGGAAGUCUAUGGAAUCAAUGACUCGUUCAGCAGCACUGAUUCAUCUCUUGAGAUUCUGCCUCCUCCAGUUCUCCCACCCAAACAAAGGCAGCUGGCAUCCUGUGUUGCUGCUUCAUCUUCCUACUCCUCUUCCUUCUCUUCUUCCUCUUUCUAUCUUCAGCAGUCGAAGGUGCUUGUCCUGCCUGAGGGCGCCAAUACUGCUACCAGUAUCAGCAUGUCCGUCUCCAAUUCCUUCCUGAGUCGUCACAACUCCUUAUCCUCAUCUUCGUUCAAGUCGGUUUUUAGGUCCUAUUCGCAGGACUUUGUUCCUCACCAUCACACCUCUGCAUCUCCUUCUCUCUGCACUAUCACCUCCCACUUUCCAGCUGUGCACCAAUCGAGGAGCUCCGAUCUAACUUUACCGGGCUCGGCUGGCAUAGUGAAAGCUACGGAACUGCUGGACUGCUCUCAUGACAAUGCAAAGCCUGUUCCUGUCUGCCUCCCUCCUGAAUCUGCUUUUCCCACCUCUCUCCAAACUUCUUCGAGCGAGAGCAAUAGUGAGGAUGCUGGUGAGGGUGAAUAUGUCAAUCUGUAUUCGUCCAACCAAACCAAUGGAGACGUGUCUCACCCAGAAGCAGAAAUACCGAUGUGUGCUGACACUGAGCCUGUAGGGUCUCCGAGUGAACAAGAAAUAAAUCAUCACAACUCUCCGAAAUCAACUAAUGAAAAAGAAAACCAAGACAGGGAUGAAAGGCGGGGAGACGCACAGAAUUCACCAGAUUUGGAUCAAAAUGAUAUAACGGAUGAAUUGUCACUCAUAGAUCAUGAGGAGAUUGUGGCUAGGUUAACACUCAAACAGGAGGGAGAGGAUGGCCCAGAGGUGCGAGGAGGCUCUGUAGAUAUUCUAAUAGUGCAUGCAACUGAAACAGAUCGUAAAGAUCUGGUCCUUUACUGUGAGGCAUUCCUGACCACUUACCGGACAUUCAUUCCACCCGAGGAGAUCAUCAAGAAACUGCACUAUCGUUAUGAGAAAUUUUGCCACUGUCCAGACACUUUCAAAAAACGGGUGAGCAAGAAUACGUUCUUCGUAUUGGUGCGUGUGGUGGAUGAGCUCUGUUUGGUAGAGCUAUCAGAUGACAUCCUGAAGUUGCUGACGGAACUUGUGUUCCGUUUAGUGUGUAGUGGUGAGCUGAGCCUGGCCCGGGUUCUGCGAAAAAAUAUUCUGGAUAAAGUAGAUCAGAAGAAAACUGUGAAAUUCGCUAGUUUGAUGAAGCCAUUGGCUGCACGAGGGGUAGCAGCUAGGCCUGGAACCCUUCAUGACUUUCAUAGUCACGAGAUUGCUGAGCAGUUGACACUGUUGGAUGCUGACUUGUUCUACAAAAUAGAGAUACCUGAGGUUUUACUCUGGGCUAAAGAACAGAAUGAAGAGAAGAGUCCAAACCUAACGGAAUUUACAGAGCACUUCAACAACAUGUCCUACUGGGUGCGGUCAAUAAUUAUUCAACAGGAGAAAGCACAAGAUCGGGAACGGCUGCUCUUAAAGUUCAUCAAAAUUAUGAAGCACUUGCGCAAACUGAAUAAUUUUAAUUCAUACCUGGCUAUAUUGUCUGCAUUAGACUCGGCACCCAUCCGUAGGUUGGAAUGGCAGAAGCAGACUUCGGAGGGUCUGGCUGAGUACUGUACACUCAUUGAUAGCUCCUCUUCUUUUCGAGCAUAUCGAGCUGCUUUGGCAGAGGUGGAACCACCCUGUAUACCUUACCUGGGCCUCAUUCUACAGGACUUGACCUUUGUGCACCUAGGCAACCCAGAUCUAAUUGAUGGAAAAAUCAACUUUUCUAAACGGUGGCAACAGUUUAAUAUCUUGGACAGCAUGCGACGUUUCCAGCAAGCUCAUUAUGAACUAAAGCGCAUUGAUGACAUUGUUACGUUCUUCAAUGACUUCGGCGACCACCUAGCAGAGGAAGCGCUGUGGGAACUGUCAUUAAAAAUCAAACCGCGCAACAUUCAGCGACGAAAAACAGAGCGUGAGGAGAAAACCUAGGAUUCAGCGGUGAAGGCUAAACCUUAGAUGGCAGCUAAUGAACCCCAUUAAGUGACUUGCUUUACUUGAGCUGCAGAAGCCAGUUCAUGCCAGUGUGCUUCACCUUUGGAGCUUUGUUUUUAAACAAGACCAUAGAGCAGGUGGCACCACUCUAGGGAAACGUUCCAAGUUUUAUGCCAUUGCCUGCAUUCAAUUUCCUUUCCUACCAUCCGUGCCAAGCUGUUUAUUAGUGUCCAAUGUUGGACCCAUUCAUACAGCUCACUUUAACUGGCAGACCCAAAGUGGUCUGCAGAUAGACUCUGCUUUGGAGACUGUUUAACAUUGUUAGGUACAAAGGUACGACAGUUCACUCACUGGUUGUGGACUUCUGUUUAUAAAGUAACAAAUAGUGGUACUAGCAAUUGCACAGGAAACCUUAAAAUAUAAUUCUGUACUGUAGGAGAAAGACUGGCUCACUGUAAAUACCAGAAUACUAGUUUGAUGUUCUGUAUUGGAUUUUUUGUUUCUUUUUGCAUGAGUAUGACUGAAUGCCAGUAAUUGAGGAUUUGUUGGGAAAAACAAGCGAAUUGUACAUAGAGACUGGAAGUGUUUUAGCCAGGCUGGUACUGAAAGGGCUGGGAUCGCUCCUAACCAUCAUUCUAAGUCAUCAAUUAGCAGACUCUCAAAAGGUGUUAACACAUGUGGUUGUACAUUUUGUGCAUGGACUCUGCAUUAUGGGGUUUUAAAAUGUUAAGCAGAGUUUUUUUUUAAAGGACUGUCUCUUUUUUUGUUUACUGUUGAGAAAUGAGCUGCAGUUGACCAUUUUCAGUAAUGGGAGAAAGUUCUGAAGUUGAAAUUGGAGGUUUCUGUACAUAGUCUACAAAUUAACUCUUCAAAGAGUAGGGUUGUCUACUGAAUUUGACUGUUCAACUCUUCAAGUAGUCAGUGAAUUCACCUCUAUUUGCCAGGUCUUCAUAUUAACUUGUGAAAAAUAGAUGCUGCUGGGUAGAGUGUCACCCUUGCUGCUUUAGGUUGCUAGGCACACAUUCAGGUUAUUAGUGUUGUCUAAGUCUGCACAUCUAGAAAGGGAAUCUGAAACCAAGUUUGAUUAGUUGUCAACAAUUAUGUGUUCAACCUGAAAUGUUUCUUUCCUGCAUUUGGCAGAGUGGAAAGUGAUCCUCAAUAAUGAUGUAGCACAUUAGUUCAGGUAAAGAAAUAAUGCACCUGUAUGUGAAGUCCAUGUUAAUUAUUCUCAAUAUGACCAUGCUGACUCUAAAUACUUGUAUAGGUUUAAGCAGUCAGCAUUAUUAGUUUUAACACUUUCACUAGCAGACUUGGAAUUGUGAGGAAACCCAAUAUAGUUGAAGAAAUGCAUGGAUACCCUGAAAUAUAUUUAAUGUCAAAUGUGUUAAUGUUUUUGGUUUUCUCAGAGGGAGGUGUUUUAACUUGACCUCUUAUCAAAAUCAUCUUUCAGCACCUUUUUCACUGCAGUUCCUGUUCUCCAGCAGAUGGCUCAGUUUGCAAGAUGGAACAAGCCAUGGGUAUAUUUGAUGAGUGAGUUAAAUGUGUCUUUUAUGAACAAAAGAACCUGGUUAAAAUAAUCCGUAAAUCGCACAAAUUUUACUUCAACUAGCAUCUCACCCCAGUGCACUCCAGAAAUUUCAAAUUUAGCACAGUGUAGUCAAUUUCAUAAGAUUCAGUCAAAUUAUGAAUUAUUUAAAAAUUAUUGAAUUUGGUACAGGAAGAACUUUUUUUUACAUGAACAUUGAGCAGUGAAAUGGUUAAACCUAGUCUGUGGACUUCAGAUUCUUAAGCCCUGAGCUACAUUUGUUGUUUUGCCUAUAUUAAUUUAGAUGAAUGCAGGGCCUGCCAAGUGGGUGACACACGCAAUAGUAGUUUGGUUGUACGAGCGCAUUGUGCCCAUUAACCGGUUCAGAAUUCGGAAAGCAUGUUGAGGAAGAGAACAUUUUGUGUUGAGACAUGUCCGUAGAGUGAUGUGAUGACAACUUAUGUCCCUUUUUCUGUUGCAAUAAGUUAAAAGAUCACCUGUAUGUGAGUUUUACUUCAAGUGCUGACCCAAAGGCUUUCCUUUUCAUUCUAUUUGCUCAACUUCAAUAGGCUAAAAUGAACCGAGUAAGCAAGUUUGGCCUUGAUUUGGAAUAAUUUUGAAUUCAGAGAUUGGUUUCUUUAUCAAAUGAUGGCAAGCUUAUGGUUUAUGUCUGAUUUUAAAAUAUCAAUCAUGGUAGAUCAAAAAGAGGUUGGUUAAGAUAACUGGUGCAUGGAUAAAAACUAACACGUACCUACUGUGUGUGGUCAAAUGGAUUGUCAAAUAAGAGGUGCAUCACCCUCUGUUAAAGUUAAUGGAAAAAGGGUGGUAUAAAUAUAAAUCAAAAACUCGUAAUGUUUGUGAACAGCAAAAUAUGCCCCAAGUUGUCCAAAGUAGCCAUAUUUUGGCCUCCAUUAGUUACAAGUGAGUUUAACUUGAGCUAGCAGUGAUAAUUUUAUAUUGUUUUAAAGUUUUGUUACAGGCUAUCAAAAUCAGACAUUUGCAAAGUUUUAUACUUGGAUGUUGAUUAUUGUCUUUACUAAAUCAUUACCUGGAGAAAAGUUCCAUUUCUAGGAGAAGUAUUUCACAAUUACCAGAUUAUUGGUGGUUUGUAUCCCAUAAUGUUAGAAAACUAUAACUGACAUCUGAGCAUCAGAAUUAAAUUUUGGUUAAGAUUUCCAAUUAGAUUGCACAUUUUGUUAUGUUCAGCAGAGUAUUUGUGAUGCAAUUGAUAUCUGGGCAUUUAAAGUCAGGUUUGCUAACUUAGAUGACCUAAAAUUUGAAAUAUCCAGUGAAAUAACUUUCUGGCUUUGUGCUUCCUAGCUUGCACAUUAAAUGGAUAGCAUAAAGCAUUGAAUCAGUUUCUGGUAUUCAGCAUGCUUUUCGGUCUGCAGAGCAUCCUUAAGCCUGAAAGAAAUUCUGCUCCUAGACCAGCAGGGAUUGGAAGCUUAGUGUUUCAUUGCUCAAAAAAGAGACGUCAAAGUUUUUCAUCUUGCACUCUUCAGGAUACUUCCGAAGAGUACCAACAUAAGGGGAAGACAAUUAUGUGAAGAGAGUGCUGAUUGGUUGGAGCACUCUCUUCGCAUACAUUAUGAAUUGUCUUCCCCCCCAUAUUGGUAUUCUUGCGAAGUGUCCUGAUGAGUACAAGACGAAAAGCUUUGAUAUGUCUCAUUUUUUCCAGCAAUACUCAAGUUCUGUACUACCAAAUGCCUAUUUAGUGUUUCAUUGGGUUUUCUAUUGAAAUUCUCAUUGUAGAUGUAUUAGCACAUUGCAAAAAAAUUCCUUUGAGGUGUAGCACAUUACGUAAAAUUCCUGAGAUGUCCAUCCACAACCAUGAAAAGUAGCAACUGUAACAAAUAAUUUGCAAUGAAUCCCCAAAUACUUGGUCAUUCAAAAUUGUACUUCAGAUGCCAGUAGGGUAAACCAUCACCUAUUUGGUGUCAUUAUCAUAUCUUGUGGCCCAUCUUAGACAAGUUCGGACUCAAUUCUUCCUUCUCCAAACCACUGUCUUGUGCUUCUCUUCUCCACAUGACCUCCUAUUUUUCAGGUGGUCCAGAUAUAUCCCUCAUUUACUCCCCCUUGAUCUUAUGUUCUUCUAUUGUCACUAGCUUUUUCAUUAGUCCUUAUCUCAGUUGUAUAAUCAAUGUCCUCUUUCUAUUAAAUGCAGUUUAUUCCAUCAUCACCUCACCAGCUUGUCACAUCUGCCAGCUUCUAUAAUUAUACACCCUAGGUAUUUAAAUUCCCCCCGAUGCAACUUGAGGGCAAUUAGGGAUUGAUUUCAAAUGCUGGCCUUGCCAGCAAAGCUCACUUCUUGUGAAAGAAUAAAAUUGUUCCUCAUUUAUUAAAAUGCCCACUUCCACCCACAUUCCUAGAAACCUUUAUAACAUUAGUUUUGCUUGCAUUUGAUAGCCUGAACACUAGCAGUGGGUAAUCUGCCAACAGCUGUAGUCCAUUUAUGAUAUUUGUUACCAAGACUUUGUCAUCAACACAACUGAUGACUUUCACUCCUGCUAAUGGAAGACAGAACUUAUUUAAUUCAGUGUGACGAUCUAGUCGCUAUUUGAUAAGCUGAUUGAAUGUCAUUGAUUUUUCCAUCCUUGCCAUUAGAAUUUUAUCAUUUUAAGAUUGAUAUUGGCUAUUUCACCACCAGAUUUUCCACUAUCUGUUCAUCCAGUGAUGCUCUCAGCAGUGGCCUUAAUCUUUGCCCUAAAGUUUCUUCCAAUUUCAAUCUGAAUCCCCUGCACAACAAUGUAUAGAACAAGGUACUUUCACAUAUACUGUUGUCAAUAUUUUGCAUUAAUAAGGUUGAUGAAUCAUGAAAGCCAUGGAUACCAGCUGUACCCUUAGAUUACCACAGAUUUGAUUUCCUAGUUGUGCCCAUGCACUAUUUUAAUCUAGAGCUUUUGGUGUUUGAUUGAUUGUCCCAACAGUGAGAAUUCACAUUAGUGAAAACUUCACAUACCAGUAAAUUACUUUCUGGUAUUUACUGCUUAAUGAUAAGUGAAAUAAUUUUGAUCUUGUGCGCCCAUACAAAUAACAAUGUGUUGCAUGAUUGUGUCUCUAAUGUUUGAUUGACAAGAUAAAUCUUUCAAGUUAAAAGGACAAUCUUCCCAGUCUAAUGUCCUGCAUUGGAGCCCUGGUGUUUCACUUUGUAAAAUGGUACAUCGACUCAAAUCUGACUUGGUUGGGAGCGUACUUGAAUUCAGACUUUUAUGGAGCCAUUGAAACCCCCAUCCAUUUGGGGCAGAAUGCAGUUGUCUUGGGCCCAUUGUUUUAGGGUUUUUGUCUUAUCGCACUCUAUCAGAGCAGAUUAGUAUUUGAGGAAAUGUCUCCUGGUUUCUCCUUUCCAAUGAGAUGAUGUACAAAGUGCUUCAUUUCGUAACCUUGGAAGUAAUGACGCUUUCUUGUUGAGUGGAGUUCAAAUAGCUUAAGUAGAAGUUUCGAUUCUGCUUCUCCACCCUCUGAAUAACUAAGUAACAAACUCCGUAUGCUUUUUUUUUUAAAUUUCAAAUUUUCUUCUGUCAGGUAAAAGUAUUUCCUAUGGAAAAUUAUUCAGAAAUGAUAUUGUAGUUUGCUGAAGUAAAGGAACCACAGACAUUUUGGAUUGUUUAAUUCUCGUUGCAUAUACAUUUGAAAGUUUUUGAUUUUUUAACUAGUAGUGGUUAAAAAUGUAUAUUUUUGUUUCCACCCUUACUGGGCAUCCAUCUUUGAGUAACAUCCAAUAACAGGGAAGUAUGUCAUCUAGAUUGGCCUAUCUUGAGUGGAUUGUGCUUAUGAGAAGAUAUUUAUUUGUUUAUUGCAGUGACCCAGUGCAGAACUAACAGUUCCAUUUCAGCAGUGUUUUCAGUUGACCAUCAGCCCUUAAACACAACCUGAAAUUUAACAAACUGUUAAAAUGUUAGGUGGAUAUUAAAGCUUGUAAGAAUUCUGAGAGCAGAAUGGAAUUAAUUUGCAUAGAAACAAAUAGGUAUUGUAAACUCCAGUUGAAUGGAAUGUAUCUUUGCUAUUGAGAACUCAAGUCUGUCUACCAAUGUGGUUGUUUAGACUGAUCUUGGUUACCAUACAAUUCAAACAACUAAAUUUAGUAUCAUUUUGUUUUUAAGAAAUCAGCAUAAUUGAUUGACUUGUUUGGGCUUUGGUCCAUGAUUACCUAUUGAUCACUUCACCUAUGAAAUUUCUCACUUUUUACAUAGAGAAGUGCAUUGUACAGAAGAGAUGAACUAAUGUGGACUGUCUUGAGUUGUGUUCAUUUGGACUGCUGGAGAUGGCAAUUAUUUUUUUGUUUCUCUGCUAGCAAGAUUAAAAAAUGGAAAGCAGAAUAAAAUAAAUACAAAUUGUUGAAGGAAGGAGGGGCCCAUGAUGGAGUUGUAUAGAGUACUUUCAUUUUAAAAUAGGAUACACCAGUAAUUUGGAUCAGAUUAAAUAGGAUUGGGCUUUCAAUUUUGAAAAUGUUUUGCUAAAAAGUAAGCACAAUGCACUUGGGGUAACAAAUUUAAUGUUAAAACUGAAGUUGUAACCAUUUAAAUUUGUGCUGACUCACUGAUGGAUUCUCAACAGCCUAGACACAUGUCCACCUAACUUUUGAAUAGUGCUUUUAUGUGCAUUGUUUUCUUUUUGUUGCCAAAAUAGCAACUUCACAAUCAAUACAGCAUUUUUUGUAUAUAUACUUCCAACAUUUUUAUAUAUAUAUAGAUAUAUUAAAAAAGUAACCUCUGAAGAGCCAUUUUUGGAUUUAAUUUUUCUUUUUAGUUUUGAAUAAAAAGGGAGCACAGGGCAUUUCCACAUACAGGGCCACCCACUGAGACCUUACCAAAGCACCUUACUUUAUGAUUUUGUGGUGUGGAACUUAACACCAGCUACAGUUUGACAAACAGGAGUAGGUCACUUUAAACAUGCUGCAGUUAUAAUUAUGCUUAAAAGAUUGUGUAAUUGGAAAGCUUAUGCCAUGGCACCUGUUAAUAGCCAGCUGACUUGGGGACGAAGUGAAUGGUAUGUCUCAAACUCUUAAUGACUAAUUGAUUUGUGUUUUUUUAAUUGGUUAUGACCACAGACUGGUGGUUGCUUAUUCUAGGUGUGGGUCCCAGGUAAAUUAAACUAGAUUGGUUAACUGUGAUGCAAAUAAUACAAGUAAUUAAAAAGAUAAAUUUUCUAGAGUCUUGAAGAGAUGUGUUUAAGCUCAAUCGUGUUAUCUUAUUGUUGAAAUGAUGUGUUGUACUAAUUGCUCAAAGUGCCCUAACUUUUUGAAGAAAUUCUCCCAGAGUCACAGCCUAACACUGCCGAUGCCGGCCUCAUCUUUGCUUGAGUAUUACCUGUAUAUUCUAAACUGUCAUGUUCCUGCAACCAUUUCAGAUGUGUAACUUUUUUUUAUAAAUAAAGGCUAACAUUCAUGUUUACAGUGCAUGCAGCAGACUGCAGAUUAAAGAGACAAUCAAAUUCA